AUGCCGCACUGCCACAAAUACAACAGCUACGGUCGGAAUCUCCGGACGCUUACCAUACUACAUACUUUUCGGAUCAUGACGAUUAUCCCGCUCCUAACGAUGCUUAUCUGGCACAUCUCUACCACCCUCCGAGUAGAGCAAUUCAAUAUGCCUUCGACAUGGGAGACCGACUUUGCGAGGCCACACUGGCAGGGAUGGAAGACCGGUGUUUGGGCCAUGAUAUUCGCCGUAGUGACUCUAGAUCUAGGGCAUGCUUUGUGGAAUUUAGGGAGGGUCCAUCGUGGUGGCAGAGAUGAAACCGAGACACUUACGCCGGACACUAUACCCCCGGCAAUGACCCCAUCAACGAUGCCCGACCUUCAAAAGCUAGUAUCUCCAGCUUCCUCAAACCCUUGCGGCCUACGCUUCCUGCUUAUCCACAUAGCCUUCCACAUCCUCGCCAUCACCAGUUAUGCUCUGCACAUCUACUCCUAUGUUUCCAGUCUUCAACCCAGCUUAAGUUCCUGCAACGAUUACCGCCUUCAAGAAGACUGGCUAGCAUAUGUAAUACGUCACCCAGGGCAGAAGAUCUCAUUCCAAGAUCGAUGCAUAAGGAUGAAUUGGAGUAUAUGGGUCGCAGGGGGCUCUUCUUGCGCAUGCGCGCUGAUCAUGAGUCUUUUGCAUCUUGCCACCUUGGCGACAAGAUUGUGGGAGUUCCUGUCGGCUCGUACAGGUUGGUGGAUAGAAGACUAUGGAGGGAAUGGAGAGAAAACUAGAAGCAAGGCUGGGAACAACAAGCAGUGGGUGAACGUUGACCCAAGAGAUAUCGAUGUCAGACUACGAGGUCGGCACCAGGCCUCAACGCGAGUGACAUCGAGUUUGGCGAUGAGCACAUCUAGCCAAGGAGAGUCUGGUUUGAGGAGAAGAAAAGAUUCAAAGAGCGAGAGUGAACAUGAGGUUUGCAGGACUGAUUCGGCGUGGAACGAGACGCUGCUAGAGUGCUUGUUUUUCACGAAGAGAAGUGCAAAUGGUCUUGGUCUUGUCAUUGUCGAAGAGGGCGCGGCCGCCGGUGCAUAUCAAUCGCUUGGCAGGGCUCCACUAGCAAUCAUGGAAGUCACGCUAGCUAUGUCACGUGCGCAACUCCUGCCUGAUCGCGAACCUUUGCUUUUUGCCAGGAUACUUUUGAUCGCCAAACCCGCACGACGACGCGCGCCCACAACAACGCCGUCCUCUGUGCACCCGCAUCCCUUCACAGUUGCGCAUCCAAAUCUUGCGGGGACACGUGCGCGCUUACGCGACUUUCCUUCGUUCACGGCGGCGCUGUUGCGCGCAGAGUCGAAGACUCGCCUCCCCGGAGCUCAUCUGAGAGCGUUGCGCAUUCGAGUAAGAGAGCAGUCCGACGCGCGAGGCCAUAUUAUCAAGAGAAUGUCGUGGCAACCUCCACCCCCACCGCCUCCCUCAGGCCCACCAGGGUUUGACUAUGUGCCGCCACCUCCACCCCCUCCAGGUGCGCCUGGUACCGUUGGUCCUCCCGGUAUGCGUCCGCCCAUCGACCCUCAGACCGCCAAGUUUGCGCAGAAGAAGAAGGACUGGCUGCGCUCACAGCGACAGAGAUUUGGUGAGAGGCGCAAGGCAGGAUUCGUGGAGACGCAAAAGACCGACCUGCCACCGGAGCAUCUGCGCAAGGUCUUCAAGGAUAUUGGCGAUGUAUCACAGAAGAAAUUCACAACCGACAAACGCAGUUAUCUCGGAGCGUUGAAGUUCAUGCCGCAUGCUGUAUUAAAGCUUCUGGAGAACAUGCCUAUGCCCUGGGAGAGUAGGCGAGAUGUCAAAGUCUUGUAUCAUACCAAUGGCUGUCUGACGCUAGUCAAUGAGGUACCUCGCGUCAUUGAGCCCGUCUUUCACGCACAGUGGGCGGCGAUGUGGCUUGCGAUGAGAAAGGAAAAGAGCGAUCGUCGCCACUUCAAGCGCAUGCGCUUCCCGCCCUUCGACGAUGAGGAGCCGCCGCUUUCAUACUCGGAGAACAUUGAAGACGUCGACCCUCUCGAGCCUAUUCAGCUGGAACUGGACGAGGAAGAGGAUGGCCCCGUCUACGACUGGUUCUACGAUCAUCGUGCGCUCCUCGACACCCCACAUGUAAACGGCCCCAGCUAUGAGACAUGGAAUCUUGAUCUGCCUCAGAUGGCCACACUCUAUCGUCUGAGUCGUCAACUGCUUAGCGACAUUGUCGACAAGAAUUAUUUCCACAUGUUCGAAAUGAAUAGCUUCCAGACGGCAAAGGCGCUAAACGUUGCGAUACCAGGAGGACCACGAUUCGAACCACUUUACAAGGACAUCGAUCCGAAUGACGAGGACUUUGGCGAGUUCAAUGCUAUCGACCGUAUCAUCUUCCGCGCCCCAAUCCGAACCGAGUAUCGUGUAUCAUAUCCUUACCUAUAUAACUCUCUGCCACGAAGUGUCAAGCUAUCGUGGUAUUCGUAUCCACAGACUGUCUAUGUUCGCACAGAGGACCCAAGUCUGCCCGCAUUCUACUUCGAUCCCAUCAUCAAUCCGAUCUCAUCGCGAGCUGUCGCGCCAAAGAACAUCUCUAUAAGCCACGAGGACCUAGUGUUUGGCCCGGGAAAUGAUGAAGAUGAUGAAGAUGACUUUCAGAUGCCGGAAGACAUAGAGCCAUUCAUGGCUGAUGAAGAGCUUACCACACCUGACACCGCCUCUGCAAUUGCUUUGUGGUGGGCACCACAUCCUUUCGACAAGCGCUCCGGCCGUAUGGUAAGGGCACAAGAUGUCCCACUCGUAAAACAGUGGUACCUCGAGCACGUUCCUGCAGGACAGCCUGUCAAAGUUCGAGUCUCAUACCAGAAGCUCCUCAAGACUUACGUUUUGAACGAGCUUCAUAAGAAGCCUCCGCAGGCGCAGAACAAGCAGAAUCUGAUGCGGACACUUAAAAGCACCAAGUUCUUUCAGCAGACUAAGAUCGACUGGGUUGAGGCGGGUUUGCAAGUUUGCCGACAAGGUUACAACAUGCUCAACCUGCUCAUUCACCGCAAGAACCUCACAUAUCUCCAUCUAGACUACAACUUCAACUUGAAACCCAUCAAGACACUCACCACAAAAGAGCGGAAGAAGUCUCGUUUUGGAAAUGCUUUCCAUCUGAUGCGAGAAAUCUUGCGCUUGACUAAGCUCAUUGUCGACGCUCAAGUUCAGUACCGCCUGGGCAACAUUGAUGCUUUCCAGCUUGCGGAUGGUAUUCUGUACGCCUUCAACCACGUCGGUCAGCUGACUGGUAUGUACCGUUACAAGUACAAACUGAUGCAUCAGAUUCGUUCUUGCAAAGAUCUAAAGCAUCUCAUAUACUAUCGGUUUAAUUCAGGUCCCGUUGGCAAAGGUCCGGGUUGUGGUUUCUGGGCGCCUGCCUGGAGAGUAUGGCUAUUCUUCAUGCGAGGAAUCAUUCCUCUGCUCGAGCGCUGGCUCGGAAACUUGCUGUCUCGCCAAUUCGAAGGUCGACACAGCAAGGGCGUUGCAAAGACCGUGACCAAACAGCGAGUGGAAUCCCACUUUGACUUGGAGCUCCGUGCUGCUGUUAUGAGUGAUCUUAUGGACAUGAUGCCAGAGGGAAUCAAGCAGAACAAGGUUAAUACCGUUUUGCAGCACUUAUCAGAAGCUUGGCGAUGCUGGAAGAGCAACAUUCCAUGGAAGGUGCCCGGCCUACCUGCGCCAAUCGAGAAUAUUAUCCUGCGAUACGUAAAAAGCAAGGCUGAUUGGUGGAUCUCCGUGGCGCAUUACAACCGUGAGCGCAUUCGGCGAGGUGCUACCGUUGACAAGACGGUCGCUAAGAAGAACCUGGGACGAUUGACUCGUUUAUGGCUCAAGGCUGAACAAGAGCGUCAGCACAACUACAUGAAGGACGGUCCAUAUGUAUCUUCCGAGGAAGCGGUUGCCAUCUACACAACAAUGGUGCAUUGGCUCGAAGCAAGGAAAUUCUCGCCGAUCCCUUUCCCGAGUGUCUCGUACAAGCACGAUACGAAGAUUCUCAUCUUGGCCUUGGAGCGAUUGAGGGAAGCCUACUCUGUAAAGGGUCGUCUCAAUCAAAGCCAGCGUGAGGAGCUGGCGUUGAUCGAGCAGGCCUACGAUUCCCCGGGUACCACAUUGGCCCGCAUCAAGCGCUUCCUGCUCACGCAGCGGGCUUUCAAGGAAGUAGGCAUCGAUAUGAAUGACAACUACAGCAACAUCAAUCCUGUAUACGACAUUGAGCCUAUGGAGAAGAUUACAGAUGCUUACCUGGAUCAAUACCUCUGGUACCAGGCCGAUCAGCGCCACCUGUUCCCCGCCUGGAUCAAGCCAUCAGACUCAGAGGUUCCUCCUCUGCUCACAUACAAAUGGGCGCAGGGCAUAAACAACCUCGACAAGGUGUGGGAAUCUGACAACGGUGAAUGCAACGUCAUGAUUGAGACCCAACUGUCAAAGGUCUAUGAAAAGAUCGAUCUCACCAUGCUCAACCGCCUGCUGCGACUCAUCAUGGAUCACAAUUUGGCAGACUACAUCACCGCGAAGAACAACGUUCAGCUCAACUACAAGGAUAUGAACCAUGUCAACGCUUACGGCAUGAUUCGUGGUCUGCAGUUCUCUGGCUUCGUGUUCCAGUUCUACGGUUUAGUUCUCGAUAUCCUUCUACUUGGCUUGCAGCGGGCGAACGAGAUUGCUGGUGCUCCAGAGAGCCCCAAUGAUUUUUUACAGUUCAAGGACAAGGAGACUGAAGUUCGCCAUCCCAUCCGUCUCUACACUCGCUACAUCGACCGUAUCUGGGUGUUCUUCAGAUUUACCGCCGAUGAGUCGCGUGAUCUGAUUCAAAGGUUCCUGACUGAGAAUCCCGAUCCCAACUUUGAGAACGUAAUUGGGUACAAGAACAAGAAGUGCUGGCCCCGUGAUUCGAGAAUGCGCUUGAUGCGUCAUGAUGUCAACCUUGGACGCGCAGUCUUCUGGGAUCUGAAGAAUCGCCUGCCCCGCUCAGUAACGACAAUUGAAUGGGAUGACACGUUCGCCAGCGUAUACAGUCGAGACAACCCCAACUUGCUCUUCUCGAUGAACGGGUUCGAGGUUCGCAUUCUACCCAAGAUACGCAACUUGUCGGGCGAGUUCCCUGUAAAGGACAGUGUCUGGUCUCUUGUCGACAAUUCGACAAAAGAGCGAACUGCAGAUGCGUUCUUGCAAGUGACAGAGGAGGACAUCCAGAAGUUCAACAAUCGCAUUCGGCAGAUUCUCAUGUCCUCUGGAUCUACUACGUUCACAAAGAUUGCCAACAAGUGGAACACCACGCUCAUCGCGCUCUUCACAUACUACCGUGAGGCCGCUGUCUCUACCGUCAACUUGCUCGACACGAUUGUCAAAUGUGAGACCAAGAUCCAGACCCGUGUCAAGAUUGGUCUCAAUUCGAAGAUGCCAUCGCGAUUCCCUCCUGCCGUGUUCUAUACACCUAAAGAACUCGGUGGUCUCGGUAUGAUUUCCGGAUCCCAUAUUCUAAUUCCAACGAGCGACAAGCGAUGGUCAAAACAGACUGAUACUGGUGUCACGCACUACCGUGCCGGCAUGUCUCACGACGAAGAGACCCUGAUUCCCAAUAUUUUCCGCUACAUCAUCCCAUGGGAGUCAGAGUUCGUCGAUUCCCAGCGUGUGUGGAUGGAGUACUCACAGAAGCGUCAAGAGGCCCAACAGCAGAACCGCCGUCUAACCCUUGAAGACCUGGAGGACAGUUGGGACCGUGGUCUUCCUCGUAUCAACACGCUCUUCCAAAAGGACCGCAGCACCCUCAGUUUCGACAAAGGCUUCCGCACCCGAACGGAGUUCAAGAUCUACCAGCACAUGAAGAGCAAUCCCUUCUGGUGGACGAGCCAGCGUCACGAUGGUAAACUCUGGAAUUUGAACGCCUACCGCACGGAUGUCAUUCAAGCACUUGGUGGUGUGGAAACUAUUCUUGAACACACACUGUUCAAGGCAACCGCUUUCCCAUCGUGGGAGGGCUUGUUCUGGGAACGCGCCUCAGGUUUCGAGGAAUCCAUGAAAUUCAAGAAACUCACCAAUGCCCAACGUUCCGGUCUGAACCAAAUCCCCAACCGUCGUUUCACCCUGUGGUGGUCACCAACCAUCAACCGAGCUAACGUUUACGUGGGUUUCCAAGUCCAACUUGAUUUGACUGGUAUCUUUUUGCACGGCAAGAUUCCGACCCUGAAGAUUUCACUUAUUCAAAUUUUCCGUGCGCAUUUGUGGCAGAAGAUUCACGAGUCUGUUGUUAUGGAUCUGUGCCAGGUAUUCGAUCAAGAGCUUGAGGCUCUUGGCAUCGAGACUGUACAGAAGGAGACCAUCCAUCCUCGAAAAUCGUACAAGAUGAACAGCUCUUGUGCUGAUAUUCUUCUCUUCGCCAGUCACAAGUGGAGUGUCUCGCCGCCCUCGAUGCUUUACGAUACCAAGGAUACCAUGAGCGCAACGACAACCAACAAGUUCUGGAUUGAUGUGCAACUACGUUACGGUGAUUACGAUUCGCAUGACAUUGAACGUUACGUGCGCGCCAAGUACCUCGACUACACGCAAGACAGCAUGAGUAUCUACCCGUCUGCCACCGGUCUCAUGAUUGGUAUUGACCUGGCUUACAACCUGUACUCUGCCUACGGACAGUACUUCCCUGGUCUAAAGCAGCUUGUGCAGCAGGCCAUGGCAAAGAUUAUGAAAGCCAACCCUGCCCUCUAUGUGCUUCGCGAGCGUAUCAGGAAGGGUCUUCAACUGUAUGCAUCUGAGAGUUCGCAAGAAUUCCUUAACUCGCAGAAUUACUCCGAGCUGUUCAGCAACCAGAUUCAGUUGUUCAUCGACGACACUAAUGUAUACCGUGUGACCAUUCACAAGACCUUUGAAGGUAACUUGACCACCAAGCCCAUCAACGGUGCCAUCUUCAUCUUCAACCCACGUACUGGGCAGCUGUUCCUGAAGAUCAUUCACACAAGUGUCUGGGCGGGUCAAAAGCGUCUUGGUCAAUUGGCCAAGUGGAAGACUGCGGAAGAAGUCGCUGCACUGAUUCGCUCACUGCCAGUAGAAGAGCAACCGAAGCAGUUGAUCGUCACGCGUAAAGGUCUCUUGGAUCCCCUUGAGGUCCACUUGCUCGAUUUCCCCAACAUCUCCAUCCGCGCAUCGGAACUGCAACUGCCCUUCCAGGCCGCCAUGAAGGUUGAGAAGCUCGGUGACAUGAUUCUCCGCGCUACUGGGCCUCAGAUGGUGCUUUUCAACCUGUAUGACGAGUGGCUGAAGACUAUUUCGUCUUACACUGCUUUCUCGAGGUUGAUCCUGAUCUUGCGCGCGCUACAUGUCAAUCAGGACAAGACUAAGCUGUUAUUGCGUCCUGACAAGACUGUCAUCACUCAGGAGCAUCACAUCUGGCCCACCCUGGCGGACGAAGACUGGAUCAAGGUCGAAGUGCAACUACGAGAUCUCAUUCUCAAUGAUUACGGCAAGAAGAAUAACGUCAACACGUCAUCGCUUACGAGCAGUGAGGUUCGUGAUAUCAUCUUGGGUAUGGAAAUCUCUGCACCUUCGAUGCAGCGUCAACAGGCCGCCGAGAUCGACAAGCAGCAGGAUGAGCAAGCGCAGUUGACUGCCGUCACCACCAAGACCCAAAAUGUCCACGGUGAGGAGAUGGUGGUCACGACGACAUCGCAGUACGAGCAAGCUUCGUUUGCUUCGAAAACUGAAUGGCGUACAAGAGCUGUGGCAACAUCCAACCUCCGGACUCGCGCAAACAACAUCUACAUCAACUCGGAAGAUGUCAAGGAGGAGGGCCACUUCACAUAUGUGAUGCCAAAGAAUGUGCUCAAACGCUUCAUCACGAUCGCCGACCUCCGUGUUCAAGUUGCAGGGUAUCUUUAUGGCAAGUCACCAGCGGACAAUGAUCAAGUGAAGGAAAUUUGUACCAUCGUCAUGGUCCCCCAAGUCGGCAACACACGCGACGUACAGCUACCCAAGCAACUGCCACAGCACGAAUACCUCGAUGGUCUCGAGCCUCUCGGCAUCAUCCACACCGUCAGCGGCAACGAGCCUCCGUACAUGCAAGCAAGCGACGUAACCCAACACGCACGCCUGAUGAAUGCACAUGCAAGCUGGGACAAGAAGACGGUAUCCAUGACCGUCUCCUUCACGCCAGGUUCCGUCUCGCUCGCCGCCUGGGCCCUUACCCCCAACGGCUACAAAUGGGGCGCGGAGAACAAAGACACCAUGUCGGACAACCCGGCCGGCUUCUCGACCUCGUUUGGCGAAAAGUGCCAGCUCCUGCUGUCGGACAAGAUUCGUGGCUACUUCCUUGUUCCGGAGAAUGGCAUCUGGAAUCAUAGCUUCAUGGGAAGUGCGUUUGGUACUGUGGAGAAGAAGCCGGUUAGGGUGAGGCUGGAUACGCCGGUGAGGUUUUACGAUAGUGUGCAUCGGCCCUUGCAUUUUAGCAAUUUCGCCGAGCUUGAGGAUGUGUUUGUCGAUCGGGAGAAUCAGUUUGAGUAG